AUGUUUUGGCGAAAGCGUGCCCAGGACUCGUCUGUCCCAGAGCAAGUUGAGCCAACUGAGCCCAGCGGCGGCUCUGGGCAGGAUGGCCUGGCUGAUCUCCAGAAAGCUCUAGCCGACGCGUACGUCUCGAAGUCUGCGGAGUCGACGUCGCAGGCCACGGAGAGAAGUCUCAAUUCCAUGAGAGAAAAGGCCAGUAAGAGGGCCGAGUCGAUCUCUCUCGACAAGUUUCCUGUAAGUGAAUGGUUGCCAGAGUCUAACAUGCUAGAAAGAAAUGUCCUCCAAUCGACGGCAAGCUCCAAGGCCCGGCCGAGGGAGUCCAAAAAGCACGGUUCCAAGAGAUACAACAAAACCAACAAGCCUGUGCUCAUGGACGACUUUCCUUUUGAUAGGACUUUGGGGAGAGGACGGAAAGGCAUCGACAUUAGUCAUCUGGUGGAAUUUCAGCUGCCAGAACACAACGUGGUGACCGGCCACGGUCGUCGGCCGAGCUCUAGGAAACAUCGUGCUCAGAGCGCCCGGCUGAACUUGACAGGCCGCCAAAACGUGAAUGUCAACUACAGGUUUAUUGUGGACUAUCGCGGGGAUUAUAGGACGCAGAUUCUGGACCCUAACGUGCCUCUGGACGACGCCUCGAUCUUGCGGGUGCUGAUCAACAAGAACGACCACCAGUGUCCGAUCUGUCUUGGAGACGAGUUCAUCGCUCCGCGAAUGACGCGCUGCGGCCAUGUUUUCUGCUACACGUGUUUGUUGCGGCUGUUUGCUGCCUUUUCGACCCAGGAGGACUACCGGGGCCGCGUCAAAUGUCCGCUCUGUUCGGAGGACAUUAGAGAAAAACACGAAUUGCUGCCAGUACUGAUCACGAAAGUCGACGAGCGGUUCGAGCGGCCGUCUGUUGAUCAGCCUGUGGAUUUAGAGCUCAUGUAUAGGCCUGCCUCGCGGGUCUUUGCCCAACCGUUCCGCCUCUACCUGGAAAACUGCCAGUUUGACGGCGACAUUCCGUGGAUACCCAAUUUCGCCACUGUUGACAACUUUUUGAACGACUCGCGCUACGUGAAAUACUCGAGGAUAAUGCAAUGUGGACCAGACUUCGCUCUUAAGUGUUUUCAACAGGAGUUGGAGACGCUCAAACUGCAUAGGGCCCUGGACUCCGAGCUAUACGGGGACAGUACACACCACUACGAACUGGCUGAGCUCAAGAUCAGAUCUCACAUGGACGCUAUGGCGGCGUCCUUUGCCGAGUCGUCGCAGGCCGCGAUCCCAGACUCUCCAGAUUCUCUGAGUCUGUGUCUCGACGAGCUUUCUCUUCGUCAGCAACAAUUUCAAGAAACAGAGAAGGGCUUCUUUUUCUACCAAACUGCAUUCAACUCGAGCGUCAAGUACUUCCUCACAAACUUGGACGUUCAAAUUCUCAAGUCGCUGUACGGCGACUACUCCGCGUUCCCGCUCACUCUGCAUCCCAUUCUCGAGAACAUUAAUUAUGAAUACUCGCCUCUCACUGAGGAGACUAUUGGCAAGCUUAAGUAUCUUGGACAUUUGCCUGUUGGCACAGAAAUAGGGUUUUUGGAGCUUGAUUGGACAGAUCAGCUGCCGCAAUUCCCCAAAGAAAUCUCUGCUCGCUUUAGCAAGAAACUCAGCGAACGCAGCCGCGCGUCGCGGAAUAAAAAGCGCAGAGAGGACCACAGCAAGGCGGUCUUUGAAAAAGAGCUGGAACUGAAAACCCUGCAGUUCUACUCAAAGGAGAAUAAUCUGAGCUUGACCGACUACGGGUACGGCGAGCAGGCAUCGCCACACAAGUUUGUGGAGUCCGAUGCUCCGCCCUUAGGCGAGAACGUACUGCUCCCGGAAGACGAGUCGAAGUACAAGACGACGGUGUGGGGGACGAGAAUCCUUAAGUCUGAAGAGCCCGACUCGGACCAAUAUGACGCAGAAGCAGAGUUGAUCAUUCAGCAGGCCAAAGAGGCGGCAAAUGCUACUGGAAAGAAGAAAAAGAAGAUUGUGUUAAGCUUCACAUAA